GCUUGGUUGAGGCAAUCUCGGCGUCACCAUGAACUUGCCAUCGCGACACGCUCUGAUAUCCGGUAUGCCUUCUUCCUUACCAGACAAUUUCAAGCGGUAAUCUUGAGUGCGAAAUCUGCGCGCAGACAAAGUUCUCCUUGACCAAUCACGAGCUAGUUAAAAUGCUCUGGCAGCAAAUCGUGCCGUUGAUCUGCAUUUCCUUCUUCUGUGUCUUGGGCCUAGUCAUCCCGUUGGCUUCCUAUUCUCUCGCAGAUUACCUGUGUCGAAAGUACACAGAAGCGGGGCACGCUUCUUCCACCCUUGCUGGAUUAACCCCGCGUAUGUAUCAGCCGCAAGGAUGUUGGACUCAAAUUAGAAAUCCUGAAGGGGGGAAGUCUGACUACCGCGCGGGAGGCACAAUUGCUGGACGAAGUAUUGAUGGCGCAUCGCGACCCAGUGGAGCCGCGGUUGUUGCAAUGAUAUCAAAUCGGGACAGUCAAUAACGCAGCUAAAAAAUUACGUGGAUCACUUACCCUCUUUCCGCCUGCUAUGGUCGAUCUCACGUCCGUUCGCCUCGCGCUUCCCGAAGAAGAUAGAUGCAAAUUGCUCAAGGUCGAUUUGAUGAUUCCGUAAGCUGAGAAG